AUGGAGUGCCAGAGAUGCCCUGUGUCAGGCAGAAGUUUAGCGACUGUUGAGUCUAGGAAGGAAAAGUUCUGCGAUGAAUGCUUCAUUAAGUUUGUUAGUACCAAACAAAGAAAGCAAAUGAUGAGGGAUGAAUAUUUCAGAAAUUUGUUCAAAGUGAUAUACCCGCUUGGAAAAGAAGGCUCGGUCUCUAAGAUACUGCUUCCCUUGUCACUUUCUGAUUCAGGAUCGUUGGUUAUGUUAGAUAUUGUUCACGACUUACUAUUGGAGCAAACUGAGCAACAUAAUAAUCGCACAGGUUUCACCGUCGAUAUACUUACAGUAUUCACCGAAGAAAACGUUUCUGUUAUUAAAGAACAUAUGGGAUCCUUGAUUAAUGAAAAAAUGUUACAGCUGAAUGAAAUAUCCAACGUAUUCAAUGUUCAUUUUAUUGAUGUUAAUGAAUUUUUCAAUAACAUGUCGGAAGUAUCGACUUUGAUCGUUGACGAUGAAAAUUUUGAAAUUUUCAGCCAAUCGAAGGUAGUGGGUGAUAACAAUGAAUUAACAUUAAGAGAAAUAUUAAGCGCAUACUGUCUCAACAAUUCAUCCAGAGCUGAUUUAAUAUCAAUUAUAAAAACUCAACUGAUCAAGCAUUUUGCGUACGAAAAUGGUCACGAUGCUAUAAUGUGGGGUCAUUCCAUGACAAAACUAUCUGAAGUGAUUAUUUCUCUUGUGGUAAAAGGUAAAGGAUCUCAGGUAGCGACAUUUCUAGACUCAGAAUCCUUCGAUACUUUGAAUAAUAAACCAUGUAAGUAUAAAAACCUAUAUCCAAUGAAAGAUCUACUGUCCGUCGAGAUUGAAAGUUUCUUGCAAAUUAAAAACCUCGCAAAGUUCCUCAUUAACGUUCAGGAGGCUAAUGUUAAGCCUAACUGCUUGAUCGCCAGGAGGUCGCUGCCAUCACUUAGCCAACAAAAGUUGGUCAAAAAUAUGACAAUCAACGAGAUUACCACCAAAUACUUUCAGGAUAUCCAGAACGAUUAUUCAAAUAUAAUAUCAACUGUUUUAAGAACUGCAGAUAAAUUAACACCGCCUAAAUCAAGUUUGGCUAAGCCAUCUCAAUGUCAAAUAUGCCAAUCUAAAAUAUAUACAAAUCCAUCUAAUUGGUUAAACAGGAUUACGGUUACUUCGCCUUAUCCUGUGGAGACUAAUGAAGAAAAAUAUUUAUUCAAACAGUGGCAAGAUUCAAAAUUAGGGCAAUCUCAUACACAUUACGUGGAUCUAUUGAAUGAAAUCAAACAGGAUUCCAGUAAUAGUCUCGAUGUUGAUGGAGGUGAUGUCAAAUUGUGUUAUGGUUGUUUAAUUUUAUUGAAUACCAGUAUCAAGGAUAAGAAUUUGGUCUGGCCUAAAGUUGGUACCAUGGAUAGUAUGGCAAAUGCAACCAAUAAUAAUAAAGAAUUGAGUCAAAUAUUGGAUCAGUUCGAGAUUAAUUCCGAUGGGGAGGAAUAA